AUGCCUUUCUCUUCCAGCAUCAUCGUUAUUUUUGCACUCUUCUUUGCUCUCGUAACUGCCCUCCCAUUUUCCCUUGGCCGAAGAGCUGUGUCCCAAGACUUACUCAACCAACUAUCCUUUUUUGAACAGUAUUCGGCUGCAGCGUAUUGUCCGGACAACAAUAUUCCGACCUCCAGCACAACUAUUACCUGCAGUGCCGGGAAUUGCCCCCAGGUACAAGCAGCCGGUGCUCAAUCAAUCCUUGAAUUCCAAAAUGUUGGCCUCUCGGACGCAACAGGGUUCGUCGCCCUCGACCACACGAACCAACUAAUUGUCAUCUCUUUCCGCGGCAGCCAAUCUAUCCAAAAUUUCAUUGCAGACCUGACUUUUGUUAUGGUCCCAUGGUCAUUGUGCACAGAUUGUACCGCUCAUGCUGGAUUCCUCGAUUCCUGGAACGGUGUUAAGUCACAGGUUCAAGGCGCCAUUGAUGGUGCAAAGUUGAACUAUUCCUCGUAUCAGAUAGUGGCCACGGGCCAUAGUCUGGGAGGAGCGUUAGCAACUCUGGCUGCCGCGGAAUUAAGAGAUUCCGGUCAUAGCGUAUCCCUAUACACAUACGGCUCACCCAUGGUCGGCAAUGCUGUCCUCGCCAAUUUUACCACUGCUCAAUCCGGUGGCAACUAUCGCGUAACGCACGCCCAGGACAUCGUUCCAAAACUUCCGGGUUAUUUCCUAGGCUUUGCACAUGUAUCACCAGAAUAUUGGAUCACAUCACCCACAGACGCUGAGGUGACAGCUAACGACGUACAAGUUAGCAGCGGUGUGAUCAACCUACAAGGCAACCAAGGUCAGCUGGAAAGCAGUGUUGAGGACCAUCUCUGGUAUUUCAACAGUAUCUCGGCCUGUGGGCCGGAUGGCAUUGAAGUCAAGGCUUAG